AUCUACCAUCGCCUGAAAGCUAACCUUACGCAGGGGAGGAAAAAAACGCUGAAACAAAGUUUGGACGGGAGAGGGCUGUUUUAAACCAUCCGAAGUGUUUCGACAGAGACGAACAGGCGCUCGUCGGGCUCUUUGCCCCACUUUUGGAUUACGAUAUGGACGCUUUGAAAUCCGCUGGAAGGGCAAUUAUACGGAGCCCCAGCAUCGCAAAACAGUCUUGGGGUGCGGGCAGACAUAAAAAGCUUCCAGAGAACUGGACGGACACGAGGGAGACCCUACUGGAGGGCAUGGUGUUCCAGCUCAAGUACCUGGGGGUCACGAUGGUUGAGCAGCCCAAAGGAGAGGAGCUUUCUGCAGCUGCUGUCAAGAGGAUAGUGGCCACGGCCAAAGCAAGUGGAAAAAAACUCCAGAAAGUCACGUUAACAGUCUCCCCACGAGGAAUCAUCCUUUACGACAGUGCCUCCAACCAGCUGAUAGAAAACAUCUCCAUAUACAGAAUAUCAUAUUGCACGGCGGACAAGAUGCAUGACAAAGUGUUUGCCUACAUUGUCCAGAGCCAACACAAUGAGACUCUCGAAUGUCAUGCCUUCCUCUGCACCAAGAGAAAAAUGGCCCAGGCAGUAACCCUCACGGUGGCUCAGGCAUUCAGAGUGGCGUUUGAAUUCUGGCAGGCUGCCAAGGAAGAGAAAGAGAAACGAGUGAAGUCAGGUUCAGACGGGGAAGGAGCCAGCAACUCUCAGUCAGAGAGCUCGGCCAGCCUGGGCAGCCUGAAGGGAGGAGAGGUAGCCACGGGGAAACUUCUAGACUUGGCCGAGGGAGCUAACGUGGCACAGGUCCACUCAGGAACAAAGCAGGCUGAAUCGGAUCCCUUUAUGGAGUUGGAGGACGGUCUGGACGAGGCUUUCUCAAGACUCGCUGAGUCUCGCACUAACCCCCAGGUCCUGGACAUUGGGGUAAACCCUCAGGACUUCAACACUGAAGAGUGCCUGUCCCCAGGCAAAUGGGACCAAGAGGACACAGACUUCACUGCACAAAAAGACACUUUUGGGUGCUAAUGUGAAGCCUCCGCCAAGAAGGGAAAAACAGGGAAAGAUGAGGAGAAAAGGUGGUAAAAGAAGAAAAGUAACAAAACAGACAUUUGUGACAUCAGUAAGGUUUCCCACCUUCUCGCUGCUGCCAAGUCCUCUCAGUGGUGCAGUCUAGUGGCUCUCUGAUGCUUCUGCAUCAACACGACCAGAGGAGGAUAACAUGAGCAGGCUGCUCACAGAACAGGCCAAAGCAAUACAAACCAAUUACUCCCUUUUCUAUGGAAAACCAUGCAGUUAUUUAAUUUUUGUUACAGUCAGUGUAUUACUUCCUUUUUGUGUCUGUUUAUCUAUUCACUGUUUGUAAUGUGUGGUAUGUGCUUGUAUACAUUGUGUGUGUGUGUGUGUGUGUGUGUGUGUGUGUGUGUGUGUGUGUGUGUGUGUGUGUGUGUGUGUGUGUGUGUGUGUGUGUGUGUGUGGAGAUAUACAGUAUAUAAAUGUACAAACUGAUAUAUCAGAAUCAUGAGGAGCCGAGUGUGGAACAUUUUAAUUGAGUUAAAGGUCAACAAGGGUGCUGUCACAUAUCUUAUUCACUUAGAGUUGGAGAAAUGUAACUGGAUUAAAGACUAAAACUCGCUGGUGAAGGCCACUGAUGCACCAGUUUUAAUAUUCUGCAAAACUAUUAAGUUACUACCUAUGUGCUUAAAAGCAUCAGCCUUUUGUUUGGCGGCAAAAGCUUUAAAAAAUGUGUGUAUGUGUUGUUCAAGAGUGUUUGUGUGGAAAAUGGAUGAGAACAAGGUGACAAUCGUUUUUUCUUUUUUUUUUCUAAUGCAAAAUCUAUUUUUGCACUCAGCAUUCAUCCAUCUUUAAAAGCACACAUUUCAUGUAAGGGAAUUUAAUGUCAGAAUGCAUCAAACUCAUUAUUUAGGCUUAUAUGCAGUGCCUCUAUUCGCUCUUCUCCUUGGAGUUUUUCAGGUUUUAUUGUUUUUAACUUUGAAUCACAGUGAAUUCAUGAUGCUGGUUUGACUGAAAUGUUUAAGAAUCAUGGACAAGACUUGGAUUGGAAGUUGUUUUGUUUGACUUUAACAUUAGUCUUUUCUUUGAUCAUGUCAACAGGCCUCAUUAAUCAAGUGUGAUUAAUAGUUGAACAAGCAAAAUAUGAAGUCCAAGGGGUUGAGUUUGUUAAUUAUUGGCAAUCUACCCCUGUUUGUUAAAUUAUAAUGUUGCAUUUGUUAGUUUACUAUUUUUUCUGGGUAUGGUUCCCUGUGUUAUUUUUGACAUUUUGAUUAUGAAUAUAAUUUAAUUCAUUAAUUUACAUAAAUUUCAAUAAA